AUGGCUGAUUCUCCUUCCGUCGCUGAAACGGUCCCCAAGGAUGUGAUCGUCCCGGAAGCCAAGCCCGUUAAUCAGACCGUUGCUCAGAUCCGCUCUCUGGCUGCUGGUGCUGCUGGUGGUGUUUGCGCAGUGGUCGUUGGACACCCUUUCGAUCUGGUGAAAGUGCGGUUGCAGACUGCGGAGAAGGGCGUCUACUCGGGUGCGAUCGAUGUCGUGAAGAGGACUGUGGCCCGUGAAGGCCUUGUUCGCGGUCUCUAUGCGGGUGUCUCCGCUCCCCUGGUGGGAGUUACGCCGAUGUUCGCUGUCAGUUUCUGGGGUUACGAUGUGGGUAAAACGCUUGUCAGCAAAUUUUCCGAGGUUCGCGUGGAGAACAACACCCCUCAAUACACCAUCGGCCAGAUCUCUGCUGCUGGAUUCUUUUCGGCCAUCCCCAUGACGUUGAUCACGGCCCCCUUCGAGCGCGUCAAGGUGCUUCUGCAGAUCCAGGGUCAGAACCCUCCACCUCCGGGUCAGAAGCCCAAGUACUCGGGCGGGUUGGACGUUGUUCGGCAAUUAUACAAGGAGGGCGGUAUCCGCAGUGUGUUCCGUGGUAGCGCAAUGACUCUGGCUCGUGAUGGUCCGGGAUCUGCCGCAUACUUCGCAGCAUAUGAAUAUAUCAAGCGCACUUUGACCCCCAAGGAUGCGCAGGGCAAUGUCACCGGUCAACUAUCCAUGCCGGCGGUUCUGGCUGCGGGUGGUGCUGCCGGUAUUGCCAUGUGGAUCCCUGUUUUCCCCGUCGAUACCAUCAAGUCCCGUCUGCAGAGCGCACCGGGUCGUCCCACGAUCGGCGGCACAAUUCGCACCGUGUACGCCAGCGGUGGCUUCAAGGCUUUCUUCCCUGGAUUUGGUCCCGCUCUGGCACGAGCUGUUCCUGCCAAUGCGGCUACCUUUGCGGGUGUCGAGCUGGCUCACCAGUUCAUGACGAAGCUCUUCGAUUAA